AUGCUUCCCUAUGCUUUACCAGACCUCUCUGUGCUUUACAAUGCUUCCCUAUGCUUUCACUGUGCUUUAUUACCCUCCUCCCCUCCUCCUCAGAUAUCAACGAGUGUGAGACGAUCCCGGGAGCCUGUAAGGGGGAGAUGAAGUGCUUCAAUCACUACGGGGGCUACCUGUGCCUGCCUCGGGAUCGACUCCCCCAGCCCCCCCCAGACCCCCCGCAGGGCCCCGAGGGAGAGCUCUACAACCCCUGUCCGCAGGGCUACGAACCCAGCCAGAGAGACACCUGCCUGGACAUCGAUGAGUGCGAGCGAGAUUUGCACGACUGCCAGCCGAGCCAGCAGUGCACGAACACCCCCGGAUCGUUCACCUGUACCUGCCCGGACGGCUACCGCAAGAUCGGCUCCGAGUGCAUCGAUAUUGACGAGUGUCGUUAUAGAUACUGUCAGCACAGCUGUGUGAACUCCCCCGGUUCCUUCGCCUGUCAGUGUGAACCCGGGUUCCAGUUAGCCGGCAACAACCGAUCCUGUGUCGACGUUAAUGAGUGUGACAUGGGCGCCCCCUGCCAGCAGCGCUGUUAUAACACCUAUGGGACCUUCAUCUGUCGCUGUGACCAGGGCUACGAGCUGGGGCAGGAUGGCUUUGCCUGCAAUGAUAUCGAUGAGUGCAGCUACUCGAGCUACCUGUGCCAGUAUCAGUGUCAGAACGUGCCAGGACGUUUCUCCUGCGUCUGCCCGGAAGGUUACCAGCUGCUGGGCACACGGCUGUGCCAAGAUAUCAAUGAGUGUGAGACAGGAACGCACCAAUGCACUGACUCUCAGACCUGCGUCAACAUCCACGGGGCGUACCAGUGUGUGGAGAACGACCGCUGCCAGGAGCCCUACGUCAAGGUCGCUGACAACCGCUGCGUGUGUCCCGUCACCAAGCCAGCCUGUCGGGAGCUUCCCUUCUCCAUCGUUCAUCGAUACAUGAGCAUCACCUCGGACCGGACCGUCCCGUCCGAUAUCUUCCAGAUUCAGGCCACCAGCGUGUAUCCCGGAGCCUACAACACCUUCCGAAUCCGGUCUGGAGAUGAGGAGGGGGAGUUCUACAUCCGGCAAAUUAACAACAUCAGCGCCAUGCUGGUUCUGUCCCGGCCCGUGACUGGACCCAAAGAGUAUGUUCUGGACCUGGAGAUGGUGUCGGUCAAUCCCUUGAUGAGCUACCAGACCAGCUCUGCCCUGCGGCUCUCAGUUUACGUGGGACAGCACUCUUUCUAAACUCCCCUCUCUGCGCCAAGGAACUAGGGAGGGGUGGGAGGGGGCAAACUUCAUAGAGCAAAUCCGCAUCUACACAGAGAGAGAGGGGGGGUCCGGACAAUAAAUUAGGAACACCUGCCAUAGCACUGUCAGCCGGUGGGGUGUAGGUGGCGAGGCUGCAAAGUGGUUAUAAUUGUUCCUGGUCAAACGUCCGGGCGUUUGGAAUACAAAACUGAUAUCGCCAUCUUUCGAGUUCUGUAAUAAUAUAUGCAAGCUGUAUCUCCCAAGUGUCAAGAUCAAUAAAUAUAGGAAGCUAAGUCAAGCAGACAGAAGUAGGGUAGUGUCGUCUUCCACGUAAGCAGACACCUGUCUUUAUUUCAGUAAGCGCCAUCUAAUGGACAGUUAGUGUAUUGCAAGCAAUAAAAAAGGAAAGUUGGUUCCGAAAUGUACAUUGAAGUUGACUUAGUUUCUUGUAGUUUUAGAAAUGCUCAGAGAAAACGUGAUAAGUUUUAAUGACAAGUGUGUCGACUAGAAGUCUUUCUCAGCGUCUUAAAUUCCGUUAAAAGCGAGUUUUGAAAAUCAAAAGCCACACCAAUCAAAAACAGAUUUUUUUUUUUUUUGCGUUUUUUAGUAUUAACUUAUUACAGACCAUCUUUAGUUUAAAAAAAAUAAAUUAAAGAAAGAAAAAGAGAAAAAAAAGCUGGCUGUAUUUAUUUUAACAAUUA